AUGGUGUUGCUGGGCGGCGACCUCUUCCACGACAACAAACCCUCCCGGAAGUCCAUGUACCAGGUCAUGCGCAGCCUUCGCAAAAACUGCCUCGGCAUGAAGCCCUGCGAGCUCGAGUUCCUCAGCGAUGCGAACGAAGUCUUCGAGGGCGCCUUCCCUCACGUCAACUACGAAGACCCCGACAUCAACAUCUCCAUCCCCGUCUUCUCCAUCCACGGGAACCAUGACGACCCCAGCGGCGAAGGCCACUUCUGCUCGCUGGACCUGCUCCAGGUCGCUGGCCUGGUCAACUACUUCGGCCGCAUCGCCGAGGCCGACAACAUCGAGGCGAAGCCCGUGCUGCUGCAAAAAGGCCAGACCAAGCUGGCCCUCUUCGGCUUGAGCAACGUCCGUGACGAGCGCAUGUUCCGCACCUUCAGGGACCACAAGGUCAAGUGGUUCCGCCCGGGAGUCCAGCAGUCGGAUUGGUUCAACCUGCUCACCGUCCACCAAAAUCACCACGCCCACACGGCAACGUCGUACCUCCCCGAGAAUGUGCUGCCCGAUUGGAUGGAUCUCGUGGUCUGGGGCCAUGAGCACGAAUGCCUCAUCGACCCGCAGCAGAAUCCCGAGACGGGCUUCCACGUCAUGCAGCCGGGCUCCUCGGUCGCGACCUCGCUCGUGCCGGGCGAGGCUGUGCCCAAACACGUCGCCAUCCUGAACGUCACUGGCAAGGAUUUCAAGGUCGAGAAGCUCCCCCUGAAGACGGUCCGGCCCUUCAUCACGAAGGAGCUCCAGCUGGCGACCGACCCACGCUUCAAGGGCCUGCACGCCAAGAAGGACAACCGACAAGAGCUUACCAAGAGACUAAUGGUCGUGGUCGAGGAGAUGAUCCAAGAGGCAAACGAAGAGUGGUACGCCGUGCAGGACAACGACGAAGAAGAGCCUCCGCUGCCCUUGAUCCGCCUCAAGGUGGAGUACACGGCCCCGGAGGGUGGUCAAUACGACUGCGAGAACCCCCAGCGGUUUUCGAAUCGAUUCAUCGGCAAGGUGGCCAACACCAACGAUGUUGUCUACUUCCACCGGAAGAAGGCUGGCGCCACCAGACGCAACGCCGACACCGACGUUCCCGAAAUGCUAGAGGAGACGUUGGGUCUCGACACCGUCAAGGUCGAGGCCCUGGUUCAGGAGUUUCUAAUGGCCCAGUCUCUCAAGAUUCUGCCAACAGCCCCUUUCGGCGACGCCGUCAACCAGUUCGUCAACAAAGACGAUAAACACGCGAUGGAGGAGUUUGUCAGCGAGUCUCUGGCUGGCCAAGUGAAGCAGAUGCUCAGCCUCGACUCGGAUGAGGAGGACUUGGACAACGCUAUGGAGGCGUACCGGGCAAAGCUUGAGGAGCAGUUCUCCAAGGGCGCUCUCAAAAGAUCAACGAAGCGUACGGUCAAGCCGAAGCCGGACGAGUGGGACUCGGACUUGGAUGGACAUUGGGAGGAUCAGCCCGGUGUGGUGGAGACCGAAACCGUAUCCCAAGCCCCUGCCAGGUCACGACGCGCACAAACACGGGAGGAGGACGACCUGAUGGAGAUGGAGGAUGAGCCAGCGGUUGGUCCAGCACCCGCAAGGAAGGCGGCGGCCACCCGAGUAACGAAAGCUGCGCCGGCAAAGAAGGCGCCCGCGAAGAAGGCGCCAGCCAAGAAGGCCCCUGCUCGAGGCCGCAAGAAGCCCGUCUUUGAGGAGGAAUCUGAAGAAGAGGACGUGGUGAUGGACAAUGAUUUUGAAGAACCUCCCGCGCCAACCCGCGCCAGGAGAUCACAGCCUGCGCGUGCGCCGCCAAAGUCGCGCCAGACGAAGCUCAACUUCUCACAGGCUACGACUUCGCAAGCCGCGGUCGAGAUCAGUGACGAUGAGAUCUCUGAUGAAGACGCCUUUGAGCCCCCGCCGCCGACCACCCGUUCCAGACGGAGAUAG